GAAAACAAUUACAGAAAUUUUUAAUACAAAGUUAGGAAAAACUUGAAAGUAGAGAAAAUAGAACGUAUUUUUUUUGUGGAAAAGCUGCUAGAAUACCUAUGUAUUUUUUAAAACUUCUUAUAAUUCUUAUUGGUUUAAUUUACAUUGAAGCUUUCGAUAUCAAAAUCAAAUAUUGUAGAUUUCGAUGUAGCAGCUCUUGUCAGACGCCAGAGGAUAAAUCUAAUCCAAAUGGAAAUGCUAAACCACCUGGGGCAUAUUACUGGAGGGAUUUCUAUGGCGUUAUACCCCCAGAUGCCUACCCUAUAGGUGCACCUUCUCAAUUCCCUCAAACUUAUGUCGGCAUGGCCUUUGACCCAUCACACAAUGGUACAUUCGCUACAACCAUUUUUGAGGGCUUAAACUACGUUUACGCCACCGUCGAUGGCAACGUUACAAAAAUAGACAAACGCAUACAGAUACUUUGUACGAUGUCUCCUGGACAAAUGGCUUGGCAAAAAGUGACUGCAGAAAAUUACAAAUCCUUGUCGGAUUAUAAGUUUGUUACAGCUUUUUUUCAUGUAGAGUUCGUUAAUUCGAAAUUGAUUCAACAGAGUCAUUUCAUUGUUAAGAGUAAGAGUAAUACAUGCAACGUUGCCUAUGCAGGAAACGUGAGGUCUUUGAGCGCCAAGUUGGAGUACGCGCUGAUUGAUGGUUCAUAUAAAUCAGCUGAUGAAUUUUUGUUUCUGAUGUAUAACACGAAACAAUCUGUUGCUGAGGAUCCUGAUGCUAACAGCAAGCAAUCGCCUUCUAAGAGUUUCAUCACUCACUAUUCAGACUAUCAAAUUCGACCAAAUUCAAUCAUACCCCAAUUUUACAAACAACUAACCAUUGGUUCAUGUUCCAUUACUUGUACUAAUGAGAACGAUGGCAACAAUAAAAAAAUGGCCAACAACGAAAAACUUUCAACAUCUAUGGCCUACUAUUGGAAGCCGAAAACAGUUUCCACUGAAGAAGAUGCAGUUGUGAUUGGUGAAGCCUUCAACAAACCUAACUAUCUUGGACAAGCCUAUUUAUCUGUCAAUAAUUUCGAUGUAGGAAUUGUCAGAAUGUCGUCUAUUGAAGUAUGGUUAUUAACUUGGCAGUUGAUACAAAAUGAAUAUCAAGUAUUUAGCACUAAUUAUCCUGAAAAAUUACAAUGGGUGAAUACGACAACAACAGAUUUUGGUACAAUUGACAGAAAAAAAAUUAUACCAGGAGGUGCUCUAGCCAAUGGUACGGAAACUUUCGUUUGCAGAACCAAUGAUAACGGAAGAAUUUUUGGAGGAAGUGCCAAAGUAUUCUCAGAAGGAACCUAUUGCUUUUCACAUUUUGGAGCAUUUGAUAUUUUUGAAGUUUUGACUGUGGCAAUGUGAAUAUGCCAACACUUGAAUCAUUCCAAAACCUUGUUCUAAAUAAAGGAAAUUUUCCUCUAA